AGAGAUUACCAAGAUGGCGGCCACGGGCGUGCUGCCUUUCGUCCGCGGCAUCGAUUUUACUCGAAAUGACUUCCAAGAGGACUACUUCCCCAAAGCAGUCGGUGAGAUGACCGGCCUGAGAUGGCUGCGGCUAAACCGGACCAAGAUUGACUGGAUUCCAGAUGAGCUCCAGGGCCUCAAGAAACUUGAGACGCUAUCUCUGGUGCGCAACAAUCUGGUGACGCUGCAUGGCGAGGUCCCUCAGCUGCCAUGCCUACGCUCACUCAACUGCCGCCACAACCGGCUCAAGAACUCGGGCAUACCACCCGACAUCUUCGACCUCGAGGACCUGUUCGUUGUGGACCUGAGCUACAAUGACCUGCGAGAAAUCCCCACGAACCUGGAGCACGCUCGAGGCCUACUCGUGCUCAACCUCGCUUACAACAGAAUUGAGACGAUCCCGCACCAGCUCUUCGUCAGCCUCGUCGACUUGAUCCACCUCGACCUGAGCGGCAAUCAGCUUGAGACCCUGCCACCUCAGAUGCGACGCCUGGUCAGCCUACAGACCCUAGUGCUGAACGACAACCCCCUCGGCCACUACCAGCUGAGGCAGCUCCCAGCACUGACGUCACUACAAGUGCUGCACAUGCGCAACACACAACGGACGGUCAUCAACACGCCCGUCUCGCUCGACUCGUCAGCCGUGCUCUCUGAUGUGGACUUCUCCCAGAAUGCUCUGCCAAGAAUUCCUGACGUCCUUUACACGUUGACGACGCUUCGGCGCCUCAACCUGAGCGACAACGCCAUCACAGAGGUGUCCCCUGUCAUUGGAGAUGUGUGGAAGAACAUCCGCAGUCUGAACCUGUCUCGAAAUAAGCUGACAUCGCUACCCGCAGCGCUGUGCAAGCUUACUACCCUGACCCACCUCUACCUCAACGACAACAUGCUGGACUUCGAGGGCAUUCCAUCGGGAAUCGGCAAGCUCCACAACCUGGAGGUGUUCAUGGCGGCCUACAACAACCUGGAGAUGAUCCCCGAAGGCGUCGUACGCUGCGGACGGCUGAAGAAACUGGUGCUCUGCCACAACCGGCUCAUCACGCUGCCUGAGGCUAUCCACCUGCUCACCGACCUUGAGGUGCUCGACCUCAAGGACAACCCGGACCUGGUGAUGCCCCCUAAGCCGCUCGAGUGCCAGCGGGGCGCCGGUGCCGAGUUCUACAACGUCGACUUCUCGCUCAGCGAGCAGCUGAGGCUCGCUGGGGCUACGCCGACUGCGCAGAUCCCGGCACCGACCCCCGUGAAGGACCCAAUUGCGCGCAAGAUGCGGCUUCGGCGGCGGCGUGAAGGCGAGGCCGACAGUGACCAAGCGAAGAUCCUCAAAGGCAUGACCGACGUGGCCAAGGAGAAGGACCGCAAUGGCCGGUCAGGAGGCGAAGACCGCGUGGACUCUCUCAAGCCAAAGCGCUGGGACGAGGCCCUGGAGAAGCCACCCAUAGACUACAGCGAGAUCUUUGAAGAGGAUGUUGGUCAGAUGCCCGGGACAUUUGUCUGGGAAAUUGACAACUUCCUUCCGAACCCCCUUGAUGAGUCUCUAGUGGGCAAGUUCUACGAGGGUGACUGCUACAUUGUACUCAAGACGUACGUCGAGGAGUCACAGAACCUCAACUGGCUCAUCUACUACUGGAUUGGCUCCGAAACCACGCUGGACAAGAAGGCAUGCGCAGCCAUCCAUGCCGUGAACCUGCGCAAUUUUCUGGGUGCCCACUGUCGCACUGCGCGCGAGGAGCAGGCGGACGAGAGUCCCGAGUUCCUGCAACUAUUCGGCGGCCACAUCAACUACCACAAGGGGAACAGGGCGUCGAGCGGCUUUUACAACGUUGAAGAAGUGGAAUACGUGGUUCGUCUGUAUCGCCUGCACUCCCGGAACCGGCUGCUACACGUCGAGUCGGUAGCGGUGGACCCUAGUUCCCUGGACCCGCGUUACGUUUUUGUGCUCGACGCCGGCCGGAAGAUCUUCGUCUGGAGCGGCAGGUGCUCACAGAACACCAUGGUGUCCAAGGGAAGGCUUCUGGCCGAAAAGAUCAACAAGAACGAGCGCAAGAACUACUCGGAGGUCAUCACGUGCGCGCAGUCCGAAGAGGACGAGGAGGACUUCUGGAGUGCACUCGGCUGCAUGGACCCCAGCGAGCUUGAAGACUUCGAGCCGGUUGAGCACGUGCCGGAGAACUUCGCGCCCGCCCACCCGUGCCUGUACAAAGUUGGUCUCGGCAUGGGCUACCUCGAGCUGCCUCAGGUGGAGGUGCCAGAGGGCAAGCUGGUGCAAUCCCUGUUGGACACCAAGAAUGUCUACAUCCUGGACUGCAACUCGGACCUGUUCGUCUGGCUGGGCAAGCGGUCGACACGCCUCGUGCGCGCAGCGGCGCUCAAGCUGUGCCAGGAGCUGCUGUGCAUGAUUCACCGGCCGAGCCACGCCAUUGUCAACCGCUGCCAAGAAGGGACGGAGUCGAUGGUCUUCAAAUCCAAAUUUGUCGGCUGGGACGACGUAAUUGCUGUCGACUUCACUCGAACAGCUGAGUCUGUUGCAAGAACAGGAGCCGAUCUUCAGAAAUGGAUGUCCACCCAAAAGACGAAGACAGAUUUGUCCGCCCUGUUUAUGCCACGCCAGCCGGCCAUGUCUAAAGAGGAAGCGGCGCAACUCAUGGAGGAGUGGAACGAGGACUUGGAAGCCAUGGAAGCAUUCGUGCUCGAAGGGAAGAAGUUUGUCAAGCUUCCCGAAGAGGAACUGGGCCACUUCUACAGCGCGGACUGCUACGUGUUCCUCUGCCGCUACUGGGUGCCCGCGGAGGGCCCCGGGGACGGGGAUGAAGCGGUCGUCAAGAACGGACCCGAUGGAGGUGCCGGCGACGAGGACGAGGAGAUAGAGGAAGAAGAAGAAGCAGUCGAGGACGACUACACCUGCGUGGUGUACUUCUGGCAGGGGAGGGAUGCAGGCAACAUGGGCUGGCUCACAUUCACCUUCAGCCUACAGAAGAAGUUCGAGGCCCUGUUCGGGGACAAGCUGCAGGUGCUCAGGACGCAUCAGCAACAAGAGAAUCUCAAGUUCCUGUCGCACUUCAAGCGCAAGUUCAUCAUCCACACGGGCAGCCGCAAGAAGUCUCAGACGGGAGAGAACAAUGCGGUCGAGCUGUUCCACCUGCGUGCCAACGGUAGCCCCAUCUGCACGCGAUGUGUUCAGAUUCCUCCUAGUGCCAGCAACCUCAAUUCAGCAUUUUGUUAUAUUCUAAAAGUUCCUUUCGAGCAAGAUGGCGAAGAGGACGGCAUGGUCUAUGUCUGGAUCGGCAGCAAGGCCGAUGAAGACGACGUGCGGUUAGCGGAAGAGCUCGCACGGUCCCUCUAUGGCGCGAUGGAGUACUCUAUAGUGACCGUCGACGAAGGCGAAGAACCCGAAAAUUUCUUCUGGGUUGGACUCGGAGGAAAAGCCCCAUACGACACGGAGGCUGACUUCUUGCAGCAUGCUCGCCUCUUCCGGUGCUCUAAUGAGAAAGGCUACUUCGCCAUCUCGGAGAAAUGCGCCGACUUCUGCCAGGACGACCUGGCAGAUGACGACAUCAUGAUCCUUGACAAUGGGGCGCAGGUCUUCAUCUGGGUCGGCUCGCGCUGCAGUGAGGUCGAGGUCAAGCUUGCCUACAAGAGCGCACAGGUGUACGUGCAAAACCUGAGGGUGAAGCAGCCCGAGCUACCACGGAAGCUGAUGCUCACCGUCAAAGGAAAGGAGUCCAGACGGUUCACAAAGUGCUUCCACGGUUGGGGAGCAUACAAGACCGUCGCCGAGUAGGGGAGCAGUCAACCCACCAAGUCUAGUAACGACGACAAUCCACCGAGCAACUGCGCCCUAACUACACCCUGCGAAUGUCUUGGGCACUUCGCAUCUCAACAGAGAGAGUGCCCUCCCGGUGACAGCCCAGUGCAGAUGUCUUACAGUGCACUUUCGAUUGCAAUUAAGCCUAAAUAGGAUCAAAUUUCUCGGUUGUGAUUGGCUCCUUUGCGCAAGCUGCGGGGACAUGCUAAUCAUAGUUAAGAAGUUCAAUCCGGAUUGUUCUCAACCACAAUCCUCAGUGACCCGUACAACAUCUGCAUAGCUUUUGUAACAUGUCCGAAGGUUCGCAUAAGCGCUGGUCGCCAACUUAGGAGACUCGGUUUUGUUGAAAAUGUUGAGGUGCUACUCUGAAUGUGUGUAGGUCACAACAUUGUAUAUCGCAGGAUCUCAUGUUAGGCUUGGACACCGGACCAUGUUGCUCCCGCAUCUGUUGGCAGCGGACAUUCUAAGCUUAUUCCCAGUUGACUUUAUUUGACCGUUGCUGAAAACUCGCCGAUAGAUUCUCCUGAACGGACACUUUAAUUUGAUGGAAUAGAAAGGUUCACUAGAGAGCCUGCAGAGAUGCGUUAUAAGUAAAUGAGACUCGGAUCUCUCAAAGGAGUUACGGAUGCGACAUCUUCAACUUGCCACAUUUUUGCACUAAAUGUGAAUCCGAAUAGGUCUCUAAACCAUUGCAGAAAAGAAAUCUAUACCAAGUGCCACAACGCUGUAAUGAAAAAAUCCGUGAAUGGGGGUGGGUGCUCGAGCCGACAUUUCAACAAGUGGACUUGUCUUCUUCAAAGCUGGAAGUUCCAGCCUUGAAAAAAACAAGUCCACUCGAAACGUCGGCUCACCCCCUGUUCACGGAUUUUUUCAUCGCAAGCUUCCAUUUUCCCCUUCCUACUGUUUUUUGGACAACGCUGUAAGUAAUUUACUGCAGCACUUGUUUAAAAAAGCCAACUUAACUAGUUUUCACGAACAAGCUCUGAUUUCUGUGCCGAGGUGGCACAUGCUUCGUGACGUUGUGAUACAGCAAAGGCAAACUGGUCAUCUCAGUGGGGGUUUAGAUACGCUGUGAUACGCAGUGGGGUUGUGAUACCCUGGCUCGCUCAAUCCCUGCAAUAUUAGCAGCUCCAAAUGCGAGCGCAGCCGUAAGAAGUGCCUGCAGCAUCAUUCGUUUUCUUUUCGAAAAUUUUUCGUGAGCGAUGCAAUCGUACCAAUCUUUAUUGCCGUACAAUGUCUGCAAAUUUUGCUCUGUGUUGUGGCGUCGCAAUAAUUUUGACAACACCAUGUCCUACACCUCCAAACUUUAGCAUUAAAUUAUGGGUGCAUCCUAAAAGUCACACACGUUAAUUGUCAUCAUCAUUCAUGUUCGAAGUGCCUGCAGUAAGGUUUCUGUAAGUUUGAAAAUGUAGGUCUGCACUCGUUCAAGAAAGUAGUACCAUGUUACAUGAGUGGUGGGAGUUGAAGAAUGCAGCGACGGGUUCCUUUCAAGUUCCAACGAGUCAUCUCGUCCUAGUCUUUCUCUUUUUACAGCGAAGCCGUAUAUGGUUAGGAGGUGGAGAAAUGUGGUGAUCUGCGAGUGCGCAGAAGCUAUAAUUAAAAAUCAAUGCUAGCAUACGCUGCCUCAAAGGGUGUCCGCCCUUGCGGCAGUUACGCUUCUGGUUUUGUCACCUUAUAUAGCUAGGAAUGAUGCCCACUGCAGCAGGAAAUCACUACCCAUAAAAUCCGUUAGGUAUUCUUAAUAUCCUUUAAAGGGGUCAUGAAGCACCCCUUGGGCUUGUUGAAAAAACACAUCCUGCGGAAAGCUGACACGGCUGUGAACUGCUCUGCAAAAUAUUACAGUCGUGCGCGCCACGUAAAGGCCACAAGCGGAGCGCGAAGUUGCCGUUUCCUCAGGCACCCUCUUUUCAAACAGAGGCCAGUUCUCACUCUCGUCGGUGGGCGGGGCGUCUGCUUGUUGACGCCGCGGAUCUGCCAGUUUAUGUCGCAAGAGAUAUAGCAUGCUUAUUGGCCGAUAGCCGGAUGAGAUGAGCUUCUUGCCACAGUGUGCCGCCACUUGCCCGCGCCGCACUCCUCAGUCUGCUAAAUUUACACAGUAGCCGCACUCGCGCACGCGAGUCACAGCAGGACAGCGAUCGCGUUUCAUGACGCGCGCUGACGUAACUUCUUACUCCCGUGCCAUCCCUCCCUGUCUAGCUUCCAGUGCGCGCGUUGGCACGAGAAAAGAGAGAAAGUACUGAGAGCAUGCGCCAAACCCUCGUAACUCCGCUCAUUCUUGACGGAUUCGAGAAAUUUUUGCGGCAAUCGAUUUGGGAGGCAGUAAACUUCGAUACUGAGGUCAUUAGAUCAUUACUUGGAAAAGUGGUUCAUGACCCCUUUAAGCUAAUCUCGCCAAACGCAAAGCUUGAAGCACACAUCGCUUAAGUGUGGCGAUAGCGAAAUAAAAAAGCUGCAACAGAAGACACCUCGAGAGAUCCCAGCUCGUGAUAAACACCGGUGCCGCACGUUUCAGCUUCGAUGGUUAGCCAUCUGUACGAAGUGCUCGGCCGAGUGAUUUUUUUCCUUUAUGCUUUAUAUCCACGUCACCGCCUUCUUCACGCUCAGACGCUUCAUUAUAGUGAAACCUGUCGCGCCGUAAUGAGGUAGUACGCCUUUCAUCAUGUGUAGGUGUGCUGCCCUCUGUGAAGGAGGUCACUAGGUCUAUUCAGCAAUCACUGAUGUGUUUUGGCGUACACAUUCGAAACUCGUUAUGACAAAGCUCAUCUGACAUGAAAAUAGUUUCAUUAUAUCUGAAAAUUCGUUAUGAAUGUAUAUUCGUAACACUGUACCUUAAAGGCAAGGUUAUUCUUCAUUUACUUCACUAUAACUGGUAAUUCAUUAUUUCUGUUCUCGUUAUGUUGAGGUUUUACUGUACGAGGAGUAGCAGGUGCCAGUGAGGAACGACACUAAACCCUUAUCGUAACUAAAUCUACAAGCUUAAGUGACAUUACAUUUGGAGCAAAAAUGGGCUCAGGUUAGAUACAGGUGGUUACUCCAUGGGCAUAUUUUUUUGUAGUUUACCAGCCUACUGAAGGUGAAGACGUACUUAAAAUGCCUAGUUUCACCAAUUCCAGGAUAUAUACAUACAGCCCAAGUCAAAUCGCUCAUCUAAACCCCUGCUGAGAUGACCAGUUUGCCUUUGCUGUUUCACUCGACAAUUUUCAUACAUGUAUAGUCGGCCACAAAAUAAUACGGACCACGCAAGUGUGUGACGAGAUUGCCAUCUGCUGUCAAGAGCAUAGCUCUAGCCACGCAAUCGCCAGAGCUAUGCUCUCGACAGCUGACGGCAAUUUGGCCACGCGUUCGCAUCGUCCGUAUUAUGCUGUGGCCUACUGUGCAUUGUCACUGAAUAGUAAGGACAACUAUUUUUUCUUGACAGUGUUCUCCACAAUGGUGCUACAUCCUAGUGCAUGGAGGAAUAUAAAGGCCAGACAGAUCACUCUUUUUGUGGGUUUGUCUGGGCGAGGAAGGUACCGGUCCUGCAUUCUUGAAUCGUCACUGUCUCUCUAUAGUUUUGAAAUUUUGAAGCGAACAAAUUUCCAUCCUUCUUUAGGGUGCAAAGCUUUUAUGCAAUAAGCUUGGAUCAAACCAUGACUGUGCCAUACUUCCGAUGCCUUGCCAUCUCAUACCAAAGCCGACAAUGCCGUAUUUGCAACACCCAUACUGUUCUGUUUAGCAAUACACAAUUUUUUUUACGUGUCUGAAAAUAAGCCUUCUGAAAAAGUGACCAAGGGAUUAUUGAAUGUUGCAUCAAUAAGGGAAGCCACCAGAAAUUAGUCUUCAGGUUAAACUAAUGGCUUGUUUGCACCCAGAUUUCACUCGGGACGUGGAGUUUUGUCGAACAUUUGGUUUAACAUCAUUUAAGCAUUAUAAAUUUAUUGUUCGGCACUGCUAAACACACGUUUAUACGAUGUCUUUAUGCUGUGCAUUUGCAAUAAUCAACAGUUCGUUGUAACAUUGCACAUGAUGGUAAACAAUACACCGCAAAAGGCUGAUUAUGUGUGGAAUUUGAGUGCUAACGAUGUUGAGGUUUAGCUCGUAGAGCCAUUGGCACCGGCUCCCUUACGAAAUACAAAAUUAUGUACGUACAGUACUCAUGGACUGAAAUGAGACGUCAGAACAUUUAGUAUAAUGACUCGUAUGCACGAUUUCUCGAGAUAACCUCGUCAUGUCACUGCAAAUGUGGCCGUUAAAGGCUCUGAUGUAAGUGUUCGAAUUAUGCCGAUACGAUACAAACUGAUGACGGUCGAAAUGAAAGCACAUGCAUUACUUAGCCCUAAAUUAUCACAUUUCAAUCUGCGAGCACAGUACAUCAUCACGGUAACUUGAAACGACUGCGUUUGUGAGAUGAUACUUUGUGCGGUUCUAAAUGCGCAUGUGUUGGUGGGGAAAUUAACCAGCAGGAACAUUGGCAUUCCAAACUGAUAGUGUAAAAUGCACAGGUGAGAAAUGUAGGAUUGCCAUUGUGAUAAUGUCCACAAACCCAUUUCCACGCCAAUGCAGACCAUUUCCAGAAAGCCGUAGACUUGACAUUCAUCUGUACGACUUAGUAAUAUGUUGCACGGAUCAGACAACAUCGCCAAAGCCUUGCAAACCGCCGCUGCCUAUUUCGUAACUUAUUUAUAGUGUAAUAUAAGACAAUUUAGUGCCUUGGAGACUGUGUGUUUUGUACAAGAUGUAUGUGUGUGUGUUUGUACAUUGCAGUGCAUUUCUUCCUUUCUUGUAUAAAUUAAAAAAAGAUCGAUCGACUACAACAAUGCACUUGUCUCGUGUUUU